UCUUUUCCGUAAACAUUUAAAAGAGUGCACCGAGUAUUACAGUUGAUGUUGGCUAAAUAGAUAACAGAAGGCUGUAAAAAGCUUGUUGUAAUUCACCAUUACUUGAUGUAUUUUGUACUUUUUUGUGCCUUGGCUUGUUUAUCGACAUGCCAUUGCCAUUUGAACGCAAAGGACGGGAAGAAUGAGAACCACUGUGGACUUCUAAAGCAAUGGCUUAAAUCCUCGCUAGUUUCAGUGGAGAUCAUCAAGAAGGGUUUUCACAGGGAGGUGGUAACCACUGUUGAGCUUAGUCCUGAUGUGCUCAGUGGGGUCAGAGUUCUGCUGGUCCAUAGAUGGCCCAGAGGGGUCUUUGUUGAUCCGUACCAACUUGCAUCUGUGAGUAAUCAAAGUGAUUGGCAGAUAUUACUAGAUUCAGCCAUUGACCUAGAGGUGCCUGCUCACAAGACUGUGGGAUUUGUCACCUACGUGUAUCCCAGCCCUGAUGGACAGACUCCCAGAUCGCUGAAAGUAACAAUUCCCAUACACGGUCGCUACCACGAGCCUUCUUUUGUUGGGGAGACGUUUACAUCUGUCGACAUAGAACCUCCAGAGCUGCUGCUGUGGACUGAAAAAUGUACGCAGCUCAACAACAAAGAGCCUCACACUGCCGUGGACGCCCCCUGUACCCCCGACAAUUCGAGCACAUGUUCGUGGGUCAAACUCCAGCAUCAGCAGGAGCGAGGCCCGAUGGGUGUCCAGUUUCCAGUGGGUGACGGGUCUUUGGUGACGCCUGUGUGCGGUGGGACUCUUUUAGUCACAAUGCUCUGCUGUGUGGCACUGUCCAAACACAUGUGGAAACAUCGUAUCAUCAAACUGUGAUGGUCAACAUAUAUUGUUUUGAACCACUCAUGAUCCUCUAAUUAUACAGUUCUGUCUGAUACCAGGCUCACUCUGGCAUUUCUGUAAUAAUGGUUUCCGAUGUAAACCACCAAAGGGCCAGUUAACAGUAACACCACACAGACACUAUAGUCACAGAUAGAAAAUGUCUGGCGUAUAAAAAAAAUAAUGCACAGAACACCUUAUCUUUUGAGCUGACACAAACAGAGAACAGGACUAUUUUACAUCAGGCCAGAUUUCUAAAUGGAGGUUCCUGGUUUUUACUUUGUAUAGUAAUCCAGAAAGUUCAGUUAACAAGAUUCCUGCAAUAUGUCUCAGUUACUGUAAAUCAACGUCUGUAUUUUGGUUAAUCCUCUACUUUUUAUGCAAGAUUUCCUCCUUAUUUAUGAUUAGAAUCCCAUCUCAGAAGUAGGAGCAUGACCCAAGCCCAUAUGAGUGUGACACUUUUUUAUUUAUUGAAUUUAAAACAUUUGUCUAUGGCCACAAAUCAUGUCCCUAUGACAUACUUUUCCCCAACUGCAAACAAUAUUUUAAACUCUACAAUGAUAAAAAGCAAACAUCUGUUCACUUCACUUGUUGAACAUUGCAGAGUGUGUCGAUUCAGCACAAUAUGUACAUUGAUGUAAAUGGUUGGUGUAAAGAAUGUAAAGAAGUAAAAAUAUAUAUAUAU